AUGUUUACUCUCACCCUCGUCUCUCUUUUGCUCGCAUCCUCCAACGCGCUCGUCAGCGCAUCUCCCUGUGUGGCCUUCGACAUCAACUGGAAUCUCCUCGCUUUCGGCCUCGACGGCAAGGAUUUCAAUGCGGGAGCACAGUCCUCUUGGUCAAGCGGUAAGCGCAAGGCGUCUGAAAUCACCACCUCGGGUCGCCCGCCGUUUGAUGGCACUAAUACCACUUGCUACCUCUCUCAGCACGCACUAAACUCUUUCCAGUAUGAAAACGCCAUCUACGUCAUGAGCGCUGACUCGAAGAACCCCUCCGAUGUCUAUAUUUACGACGCGACCGCCAAGUCCUGGUCCGCCCAGACGGUCACCACCAACGGCUUCGACCCUUCCAACUUUGCCGCUAUCCUUGACCAUGAUACCAACGUUUUCUACGCCAUGAGCGCAAACCAACUCUGGAAUCUCGAUAUGAGCCAGCAGAAGGCUGCGACCGGCAGUGCUCUCUCCUGGAACAACGUCGGUAACACUCCCUACCCAAGCGGUUACAACCCCGUUAUGGUCAUCGCCAACAACCAUAUCCACUUCCUUGAUGUUCCCAAUCUCAGCCCUGGCCAGGAAGACAUCUUCGUCAUCCACUACAGCUGGUAUCAGCCUUCGCCCCAGGCAUACCCUGUCUCUGGUGGUAACGGUGCAGUUCCCAACCAGUUUGGUCAUGCGACUUCGUUCUUCAUGGACGACAACACCGUUCAGCAAAACUUUGCCUUCGUCCCUCAGGAUGGCUCUGCUACCUACGUUGUCAACGUCAUGUCCAACUCGACCACUCAGAUGGCUGGUCCCUCUACUAAGGACCCCAAGGCGACUUACUUCGCCUCCUCCAACUCCCUCGUUCAGCUGACCUCGAGCGGUGCUGCUAACUACCUCCCCUUCAACCCUUCCGGUUCCAACUCGGACGCCAAGUGGGCCCCCAUCCAAGCCCUUGCCGCCGCUGCCCCGCCCAGCUCAACCUCCGCAUCGAGCGGCUCCUCUCCCACCGGUUCGUCGGGUUCCGGUAGCUCUGGUUCGUCCAGUUCUGGUUCUGGUUCUGGUUCUGCUUCCGGCUCCUCUUCCGGUUCCCCUUCCUCUGGUUCUCGUUUUGGUUUCCCUUCGUGUUCAUAA